UCUCUCUUCAUCCUCUUUCUAAAAGUAAUACUACAUCAUGUUGCCUAUAUUUAGUCAAUUAAUGAAGCCUGAUACUCCAAAAUCAACCCCACCCACACCAAGAUCACCUCUCCAGCCUCCGACUUUCGGAAACUUGAUCACCAUUCUUAGCAUCGACGGAGGCGGAAUUAGAGGACUUAUACCCGGAACAAUCCUUGCUUUCUUGGAGUCUGAGCUCCAGAAAGUGGACGGUGAGAAUGCAAGAUUGGCAGAUUAUUUCGAUGUGAUUACUGGAACUAGCACUGGUGGUCUGGUCACUGCUAUGCUCACCGCACCCGAUGAGCAAAAUCGGCCUUUGUUUGCUGCUAAAGAUAUUAACGAUUUCUAUCUCCAUCACUGCCCGAAAAUCUUUCCUCAAGACAAGUCAGCUUUUGCUGCUGUGACGAAACUGGUCAGGUCUUUAUGGGGACCAAAAUAUGACGGCAAAUAUUUACACCAAGUUAUCAGGGAGAAGUUAGGAGAUAAACGAUUGGAUCAGACGUUGACACAUGUCGUCAUACCAACGUUUGAUAUUAAGCGUCUUCAGCCUACUGUCUUCUCCAGCUACGAGGGGAAGAAGAACCCAAGCUUGAAUGCACUUCUGUCGGAUAUAUGCAUUGCAACUUCAGCUGCUCCCACUUAUCUUCCUGCUUAUAAUUUUGAAACCAAAGAUUCCGCCGGAAAAGUGAGGCAGUUUGAUCUUAUUGAUGGUGGCGUGGCUGCUAAUAAUCCGGCUUUGGUGGCUAUGAAUGCUGUGAUGAAAGAAAUUAACCGUGAUAAUCCCGAUUUCUUCCCCAUUAAACCAACGGAUUAUACUCGUUUUUUAGUGCUAUCCUUAGGGACGGGUUCAGCAAAAUGUGAAGAAAAAUUUGAUGCGAGAGAUGUGGCUAAAUGGGGAAUGCUGGGAUGGCUAACCAGCGAACACUCCACUCCAUUGAUCGAUGUGUUCAUGCAUGCUAGCAGCGACAUGGUUGAUUUUCAUAUUUCCACUGUGUUUCAAGCUCUUCACUCUGAAGAAAAUUACAUUCGGAUUCAGGAUGAUACGCUCACCGGAAAUCUGUUUUCAGUAGAUAUAGCUACAAAAGAAAACUUAAAUAAUCUGGUCAAAAUAGGAGAUGAAUUGCUAAAGAAACGAGUGUCAAGGGUUAAUUUGGACACUGGUGCCUUUCAGCCUGCCUAUAAGGCUACAAAUCAAGAGGCUCUUACAAAGUUGGCUAAAAUACUUUCGAGGGAGAAGCAGCUUCGUGAAGCCAGAUCACCACAUGGAAAGGCUGUUGCUCCGAGAGAAACACCUAAUUAAAUUCCAAUCUUACGGAAGAAUUCGGUUCUUCAAAAUUUGCACUGAGACUGUUGAUUGUUUAGUGAUGAUCUGCUGAUA